AUGGCCAGCAUAUCUUCGGGCCUCGCAGUUGUCUAUCCUGUGGAUGAGGGAAGCGGCAAGCUCGGAAGCGCAACACCGUCGCGACGGGGCCCUUCCAACGAGAAUCACCAUCAAAUCCCCUCACCACCGCAAUUCCAGGAGCCCACCAUCUCUACCAACCGCACUCCAUCAGUCCAAGAUGAGCAUCUCAGCAAUGCCCCCGAUCCCGAUCCGCCUCUCCCCUCCAACCCCGCCACCGCCAUCCCAAAGCUCUCAGGAACAAGCAUAACCCUCACAAUGACAUCCCUCUGCCUCUCAGCAACCCUCUCCGCCCUCGACAUGACAAUCGUCACCACCGCCGUCCCCAACAUCGUCGCCUCCCUCGACUCCGUUGACGGUUACAUCUGGGUCGGCUCCGCAUUCAUCCUCGGCUUCACGGCCGUCACACCCGUCUGGGGCUCCGUCGCAGACCUCUGGGGCCGGAAACCUAUUAUACUGCUCGCCCUGACCAUCUUCCUGGCGGGGAGCCUGCUGUGCGCGCUGGCGCCGCACAUGGAUGCGCUGAUUGCGGGGCGCGCGGUGCAGGGUGUCGGUGCGUCGGGGAUGGGGGUGAUGGUGAAUACCAUCAUCUGCGACUUAUUCUCGUUGAGGGAUCGAGGGUUGUAUCUUGCUAUUACGUCUGUUAUUUGGGCUGUAGGGAGUGCGGUUGGGCCGGUCCUUGGGGGUGUGUUUACUACGCGAUUGGACUGGCGAUGGUGUUUCUGGAUUAAUCUGCCAAUUGGUGGCGUUGUCUUCAUAGUCCUCGUCUUCUUUCUGGACCUCCCUUCACCCAACACACCAGUAUUGGCAGGCCUCAAAGCCAUAGACUGGACGGGAAGCGCCCUCUGUAUGGGCGGAGCUCUCAUGGUUCUCCUUGCCCUCGACUUCGGCGACGUCGUACACCCAUGGUCCUCCGCCACCGUAAUCUGCCUCAUCGUCUUCGGCACCGUCGUCAUUGGCAUAUUCCUCGUGAACGAGUGGAAAUUUGCCGCUAACCCUGUUCUACCCCUUCGACUUCUCUCAAGCUGGUCGAAAGCGGCAGCGUACAGCGUCUUCGCCUUCAACGCGUACGUCUUUAUCGGUAUCACGUACUACCUGCCGCUUUACUCCCAAGCCGUGCUGGGCGCGAAUGCGUUGACGUCGGGGUUGUAUAUGCUACCGCUGAUCGUCUCUUGCUCGUUGUCUGCAGCGUUUGCUGGGGUUUUCAUCCAGCGGACGGGUCGGUAUCGAGUGCUCAUGUACGCGGCGCAGGUGCUGCUGAUUCUCGGCACAGGUCUACUCAUCAACCUCGAGUUCGACAAGAACCUGGCGAAGCUGUUCACUUUCCAGAUCCUCACCGGCGUCGGCGUGGGGCUGAACAUUGAAGCGCCGGUGCUGGCGGCGCAGGCUGCGACUACGGUGCGUGAUACGGCUGCUGUGGUGGCUACAAUGGGUUUCCUCAGGUCUAUUGCGACGGCCAUUUCUGUGGUUGUUGGUGGGGUUGUCUUCCAGAACCAGAUGAAAGCUGAGAACCUGUAUUUGGUCGAGAUGAUCGGUGGCGAGCUCGCUGGUCAGUUUGAUGGAGAGAAUGCGUCAGCUCAUGUUGAGGGCAUCGCUCUGCUUGCGGCUGAGCAGCAGGUUCCUGUGCGCCAAGCGUAUUUCAGAGCGCUCAAGACAGUCUGGAUCAUGUACGUCGCAUUUUCGGGCCUGGCGUUGGUGCUCAACCUCUUCGUAUCAGAGCACCAUCUGAGCGAUGAGAGAAAGGCGGCUGUUCUCGGCGUCGAUAGAGGAACCCCGGGCUUAUUAGAUCAACCAGCCCAAGUAGAGGAGAUACCGCUCGAGACGACUGGCAGACAGCAAGACACUGUCCAUCAACGCAGAAAUCGGGCCACAUGA